GUUCUCGGCUCUUAUGGUGGAGGGCCAACAACCAGUCGAUUUGACAGCACCACUUCCUUUUUCCGUUUUGUUCAAUAGCCAACAUGGGUUACAGAGGCCGCAGAAAGCAUAUGAAGCGGUUAGCCGCUCCAAAGUCAUGGAUGCUGGAUAAACUUGGAGGAAUAUUUGCCCCAAAGCCUAGCACUGGACCCCACAAGUCAAGGGAAUGCCUGCCCCUGACAGUGUUCCUGAAGAACAAACUCAAGUAUGCACUCACAGGGGACGAGGUGAAGAAGAUUGUGAAGCAGAGACUGAUCAAGGUCGACAGCAAGGUGCGCACCGACACCAAGUACCCUGCUGGAUUCAUGGACGUGAUCACCAUUGAGAAGACCAAUGAGAACUUCCGUCUCCUAUACGACGUCAAGGGCAGGUUUGUGGUUCACAGGAUCAAGCCUGAGGAGGCCAAGUACAAGCUGUGCAAGGUGCGCAAGAGGCUGGUUGCCCCCAAGGGUGUGCCAAUGAUCACCACAAGUGAUGGGCGCACAAUCCGCUACCCCGACCCCAACAUCAAGGUCUUCGACACUGUCAUGGUGGACACCAGCUCCGGGAAGGUCAAGGACUUUAUCAAGUUUGACAGUGGUAACCUUUGCAUGAUCACUGGAGGCCACAACUUGGGGCGUGUUGGUAUCAUCCAGCACAGGGACAGACACCCGGGCUCUUUUGACAUAGUCCACGUCAAGGACGCUGUGGGUCACACCUUCGCCACCAGGUUGCCGUACGUGUUUGUCAUUGGCAAGGGCAGCAAGCCGUGGGUGUCCCUGCCACGUGGCAAGGGAGUGAAGCUGUCCAUCGCAGAGGAGAGGGACCGCAGGCUGGCCGUCAAGACAGCGUGAUCACAUGUAGACUGUUCACUUCACUAAUAAACCCGUUGAAAGAGAA